UUUAUAAAGUUCCACCUCAUCUUACAUGCUUCCUCCGCCACCAGGCUCAGACGUAGUGGAGUGGCUCUUCCACCACAUCGAGGGAUUCCAGGACCGCCGCGAAGCCCGGAAGUACGCCAGCAACCUGCUGAAGGCCGGCUUCAUCCGGCACACCGUCAACAAGAUCACCUUCUCCGAACAGUGCUACUACGUCUUCGGAGAUCUCAGCGACUGCGAGAACUACAUGGCCAACCUGUCGCUGAAUGACAAUGACGGCUCCAGUGGGGCGUCAGACCAGGACACCCUGGCCCCCCUGCCUCUCCCUGGGGCCUCCCCGUGGCCCAUGAUGCACACCUUCCCCUACCAGCCCUACCCCACACAUGCCUUCUCCAGCCAGCCCCCUCCCUACCACGAGCUCACCAGCUACAGCUACGCCCCGGGCUCCACCGGCAGCCAGCACAGCGAAGGGAGCCGAAGCAGUGGAUCGACGAGGAGCGAGGGGGGGGGUCGCCGCAGCACUAAAGGACCGGGCAGCACCGUCGGCGGGGGGGAGAAAUCCCCCUCUGGCGGGGGCGGAGAAGGCGGAGACUCUCGCUCCGGCAGCGGCAGCGAAUCAGAAUACUCCACCCGCAGCAGCCUGAGGCGCGGCCACGGCUCGGCGGCCCCCAGCGAGCACAGCCACGCCUCCUCCCAGCGCUCGCACCACCACCGCAUGCCCCAGCCCCCCCACAUGUCCCCCUACCCGCCGGGCAUCCUGCCGUACAACCCCAUGAUGGUGAUGAUGGUGCCCCAGCACGCACACCCCGCCAUGACCGCUCACACUCUUUCUCACCCGCAGCAGAUGUCCGCGGCCCAAAUGCACCCGGCUCUAGCCCAGAUGCCCUCCUCCACCCCGGGGGGGCCUCCGGGUGCCCCCCCCACCCGUGACCUGGGCGCCGUGCCCCCAGAGCUGACUGCAUCACGCCAGUCUUUCCACCUGGCCAUGGGAAACCCCAGCGAGUUCUUUGUGGACGUCAUGUAGAUUUCAUUUGUUCUGUCUCGGUGUUGAGUGACCAUUCACGUGAAGUUAGCGUACGGUUCCCACUUGUUUUGACGAGGGUCUGGCGGUAGCUUUAUGAGCUCUCAAGGGCCUAUUGGAGUGAGGGCACUUGUUACAAAUUUGGUGAGAACAGGGUUUAACUUUGACAAAGAAAAUAAGACAAAAUGAAAACGCAGUAAAUGUGGUAUAUGGUCUUUUCUUUUUUUAAAUACACUACACAACAGUUAUUUUCUCAAAGCUCAAUCCACAAUGACCAGUUCUGCUUUUUUAUAUCAGUAGAUCUCAGGACAGAUUUUGAUUGUCAAUCAGAGCUGCUCAACACUUUUUUUUUCUGCAAUCCUCAAAAUGGAUUAAAUAUAUUAUAGGCGGGGGGGAAAGGUUCCCAAAUCAACUACGAAUGUCAGAGCCAAGAAGCGCACAGACCGCAGUUCAACACUAGAGGGUGCCAGGAACACUGUGUACUUGAAAGGAUACAAUCCUGUAGACAGGUUGGCAGCACAGGAGCAUAUUGAGUGCCUUACUCUUUGCAUUUUCUGACAUAUUUUCACACUCCAGGUACAUGAAACCAACUCAUCAUGUUUCAGCAUUGUUUGACAAUGAACUUUUCUGUAUAUACCUACUACUCCUAUGUAAAUGCAACACUACAAAAGCUCUAAUGUGAAAAAAUAAGGUCCAAAAAUGUCAGUUGAACUUGUGUUUAGUAGUCACUGUCUAGGCCUAGUCGUCAAAUAACUCUUAUCGUGAGCAGUUUUUCGGUAUGGGACUCUAGCGGCUUAACGGUACUGAUAGGUGAAAAGACAAGAUGCUGAAAGCGGUACUUUUUGAUAACAUAUCUUAAGUAACUGUGAUCCAAAUGCCCCAUGCUUAUUUUUAUGUUACUGACUUGCAUUAUUCACCCGUUUCAUUUUUGUAUGACUGACUAUAUAAAUCAUGUAUAACCGAACUAUUAAGGUGCUCAAUGAAGAUUCAACAUUUCAAAAAAAGAAUGACAUGGACAGUGUCACAUUGUUUGAUUUCAUAUCGCCACCUUUGUUUGUGUACUUGAGAAUAAAUUUGAUACUUA